UGUUCGUGCGCGCGAAUUCGUGUCUCGUUGGACGAAACGCUGAAAUUUCAACGGUGACUUUGUAUCAGUGUUACGAUUAAUACAUAAUAACAUAAAAUCAGUGCGUACGGAAUUAUUUCGAAAUGAGUUCAUGAUCUCUUGAUAAAUUGAACGGUUUUCGUGUGUUAAUUCGGAAGAGAAACAACGCGGCAGAAGAUACGAGAGGAAAGACUGCCAACUAGGUGGACUGCCCACGCGACAUUGAACAUCGAAGAGAAGGCAAAAAACAUCGUCCCAUUCGAAGUACAUACAUUGAUAGUUGACAUUUUUGUAAGAAAGAUCGCGAAAGGAGCGGGGAAAGCAUGGCCUUCGAUUCGACGGGAAAUCAAAUUGUACGCGUCGUCUGAGAUUCCGGCCCAAGCAUUCCCACGAAAAAGGUAUUAGUUCCUCGAACCGCGUUCUUGGUUUGACUUCAAAGUUGUUCGAGUGGCGAACAAAGAGGAGGAAGAGGAGAACGAAGCGGACGACGAGCAAACAAAAAGGGAAGAAUCUUGCCAAUUACUGCCGCUCUGAAAUAAGAAUGGACCAUGAAGGAGCGCAGCGUGAGCUGGUAGUAGACGAGCGGUCGUCCUCUCGGUUGGCGGCUGGACGGUCAUCGACGGGAUCCUGCAACGCUGAAUCGUUCACCCUGCGGGUGUUGGCCACGGCAGGUACGAAGUCGACAGGUGCAAUAAUCGGGGGUGACCCGGUUGUUGCCGCCGGGGCGGCGAUGCGACGAUGAGCUCGCUGAGGAUACCGCUAUCUCUCCACACCCGACCAGAGCCCCGAGUAAUAAUAGGAAGGCGGCCGGGUCGGCUCGCGAGUCGUCGCAAGGUCGAGCACAGAGGAGCGGAAGCCGGUUCAAGGCCGAUAUUAGUCGCUUGGCCAUGGACCUCGAGGCGAGGAACGGGACCGGUGGUAACGAAGAGGAAUACACGAAUAUUUAUUUCAUGGUUGGGAAUCGCAGGGAGACGGCCACCUACAAAGCGGAUCAGGUCACGGACAUGGAGCUUAAGGAACUCUUUAGGAACGCAGCAGAGGCUGGACCUCUGGACAUCGUGAAGCUUUGCAAAGGGGACAAACUGUUGAACAUUUCGACUAAUUUGCCGGCGAACACACCCGAUUCUCCCUAUGUCCUUCAGAUCGUCGGAGCUCAUCCGGCCUCGUCGGGGGUGAUCGAGGCGGAAGUGCUGUGGGCUCUCGAGAGACGCGUGGCGGCCUUGGAACGGCAACUUCGGGAGCAUCAAGAAGCUCUUUACGCAUCGCCUUCGUUCGCUCUUCGUGAACUGAAGCGGCAGGUCGACAGUUUCAAGAACAAGUUGGAGCACAACGACCAACUCAGUUGGCUGAGUUUCUACAAACAGCUUCCAGAGCCUCUCUACGCGGAUUCCUGCCGCAGAUUGCAGUAUCGGCGGAAGAGCGACAGCAUGAAGCGGAAGGUGCGAGAAAAGUUCCUCAAUAUCUGCGACGUAUCGAUAUCGUCGAGCGUUCGGGAGUGGCUACGUUCACCGGCUUUCGAUGCCCGGCAAUGGGAGGACGAAGAGCUUCUCCUUAUGCUGCAAACCAUGUUCGUCGAGCUGGACCUACCUCAAAAGUUUAACAUUCCUUUACCAAUCCUGAGGAAUUUCCUCUACGAAGUUUACAACAAUUAUAACGAAGUGCCGUUUCAUAACUUCAGGCACUGUUUCUGCGUGGCGCAAAUGAUGUACGCGAUAUCUUGGGCGGUGGAUCUACCGUCGCGAAUCGGUGAUCUGGAGGUUUUUAUAUUGAUCGUCUCCUGCAUCUGCCACGACUUGGAUCAUCCAGGAUACAACAACAUUUACCAGAUAAACGCCCGUACCGAGUUGGCGCUCCGUUACAACGAUAUUUCGCCACUGGAGAAUCAUCAUUGCUCCGUUGCGUUUCGCGUCCUCGAAGCCCCGGAAUGCAACAUACUGGCGUCGUUGGACAAUCCGACGUAUAGGGUGGUACGCGAAGGUAUCAUCAGAUGUAUUCUUGCCACGGACAUGGCCAGACACAACGAGAUUCUCGGCCAAUUCACCGACAUCAUCCCGGAAUUCGAUUAUUCGAGCAAGGCUCAUAUCAAUCUUUUGUCGAUGAUUCUCAUCAAAGUGGCGGACAUCAGCAACGAAGCUCGGCCUAUGGAAGUCGCGGAACCGUGGUUGGACAGGCUACUCCAGGAAUUCUUCAAGCAGAGCGACGCAGAGAAGCUGGAAGGGUUACCGGUUACACCGUUCAUGGAUCGCGACAAAGUGACCAAACCCUCGUCCCAAGUGAGCUUCAUCGGUCUCGUCUUGCUCCCUCUUUUCGAGGCCCUGGGGGAACUGUUUCCAGAGCUGCAGGGCCUGAUAGUGGAGCCGGUGAGGGAGGCGUUGGAGUAUUAUCGAAGAUUGAACGAGGCGGCGAAGGACGAGCGGCAUCAUCGAAAGAGCGUGGCGGAUGUCGGGGAAUCGACGUCGGCGGGCACGGCGGGCGGCGGGGGCGGGGGUGGUGGCGGCGGCGGCGGGGGGGCGUCGAGCGUGGUGAAGUCGAGCUCGUCGCACAGCAUGCGGUCGAAACGGUCGGCGGGGACGAUUCGGUCGCGGUCGCGUUCCACCGACGAGGACGUGACGGAGAACUUGACGGGGGAGGACGCGGAGAACGUGGAGAGCUCGGAUCCGGAAACGGCGACCGAGGUGGAGGUGAGCGAGAAAACGUUGAAGUUCAAGAUCUCGACGGAGGGGACGCUGUCCGGGGCUGGAACAGGUAGGAAAAGCUACCCGGGUAGCCGGAAGGGUAGCCGGGAGAAAUCGUCACUGGAUUAUCAUAAUCACGACCUGGCCAGGGCUGUGAGGGAGCACGAGCGAAGCGAAAGAAAGCGAGGCGGUAAGGGAGAGAGCCUCGGCAGCGAUCUGAGCUCGCCCGCCAGCGGUUGGUCCGCGGAGGAGACGAGGAUCUCGGAGGAGUUGGAGAGGGCGGACGAGGGCGUUCGGGAGUUGGACGACGCGAGAUCGAGGGAGCGAAGGGCGGCUACGGUGGUGGUGGAGGGUAACGGUAACGCGGUGGUGGAGGCGGAGGGACGGGGGAGAAACGGCUCGAGGAGGGCGGGCAGCUCGGUGGGAGAGGAGGGCGAGGAGAGGCCCGGAAACGGUUCGAAAGAGGUUCGGAGGGGGUCGGUGGUCGGGUCGCGGUGCUGCUGCGAGGACAAAACCGGUUCCAACAAUCACAAAUCCAUCUUCUCGAGAUUGAGGAACUUCACGGAUCGGUUGAGCAUCAGCUUCGACUCGACGAAGGAUCCGCCCACGCCCAAGCCGGCUAAACACGCCGCGGCCACCAACAAAACGUUGAACAAGAGCAACUCGAUAACCGCAACCUCGUCCACCCAGCCCACCCAGUGCAACAACUCCGUGACGGUUUGCAAGCGGUGCAAUCUGGCCAAGAGCUCGUUGAAGGAGAGCAAAGGUGGUGGUGGUGGUGGUGGUGGUGGUGGUGGUGGUGGUGGUGGUGGUGGUGGUGUCGCGACGAUGGUGGAAUUGUCCCCGAUGGAGAAACGGGCGAUGACGUUGCCGAAAGUGAGAAAGUCGGCCGAUUGCAAGAACAAAAGUUGGAGGACGGUGUUCGCCAAGGAGAAACGUUCGUCCGCCUCGUUGGAGGCUUUGCCCGCCGCCGUUUCCGACGCGUCCUUGUCGAAACAUCGGCGGAAUUCCUCGAAUCCGGAGGGCAAGUCGCACGCAAGCCUGAAAACGGUCAAGGAUCGGAAGAGUUUGGACAUGGAGUUCGCGGAGAUCGACGUGCGCACGAAGAAGCAGCAAGAACACCACAAUCGUCACCACCAUCGCCACCACCACCACCACCACCACCAUCAGCCGGAGAUAAUCGUGAAGGGGGUCGAGUAUGGGUCGAGAGAGGUCGUGGAAAGCGAGGACGUGGAAAGCAAGGUGGAGAUCAGAAGAAGCUCGGCGAGUAUGGAGGAUAUAUCGAAGAUGGCGAAGCAGGCGGAGAGCGCGAUGCUCGGUUCGUUGGAGCCAAAGAAAGCGAGCGAGGAGCGUCCCCACGCGGGCAGUUUGGACUCGAUGCUGUACAAGGAUUCGUCGAAAUCUGGAAAGAAGGCCGCGUGCUCCUCGCCGACUACCGCGUCGAAGAAAUCUUCUCCCGGCCUGUUGUCGCGGUUCAAGUCCGGGAUGAGCAUGGACAGCACGAGGAGCAACAGCAACAGCGACUCGUUGCACGACCAGAGCUCGCAAUCCCCGAGCGGUUGGAUCUCCUCGUUGACGGCCAGCUUUCGGCCGAAGAGGCAGCAGGUGGCCUCGGAACCGCCACCCUUCUCCUCCUCCCAUCCCCCGCGUUCGCCGAGUCGAGAGGAGAUCAAGUGAUACGGUCUACGAUUGGUCGAGGACUCUUCCGAGAAACAAUUGUCGGGCCUGCACAGGUGGCUGGCCGAGAAUAUCUUCUGCUGCAGCGGUUGAAACGCGUUUCGUUUCGUGGGCUCGGAACGAGCCGAGGAGACGGAGGAGCCAAAGAUCGUUGACGAAUCGCUGAGGAUCGAGAAGAAGAUGUGGGGAAGGAGACGCAACGAGCGCGUUGGACACGGAAGCGCGUCGAGGAUCGAAGCGAUCCACUCGACCCGAUCCGGAGUCGGAUCCGCGUCUCUCCCUCGUUGGCCGAACAAGAAACUCGAUUACUAUCUCGACUCGAUCUCGAGCGUCGGACAUUUAUCGAGAGCAAACGGAGAUCAAAUCCGACCAACCUUUUCUCUCCGAUCGAUUCUCGGCCAACGAUUGGAAAAUCUCCUCUGUGCGACCAUCUUCUCUGCGAUCGAUCUGGAUCUGCGUUUACAAUUGAAACGCGUCACAAGAGUUGGCCGAAUUUUUCGCGUGGAACUCGAAAAGCGAUUGGAUAAUCGCCGGAUCGGAUCGCGGAGGCAAAGAGGAACAUUCGCGCCAUUCGAUCCGAUUGUAUCCCGUCGCGUCGCCUCACGGAUGAUUCGGGAUGAUUAUCUUUUGGAAAUUGUGAGAGAAAGGAAGAUAGAUAAGUUCGCGAGGAUCGAUUAAGCGCGAUUUAAAGGGGAAAAAAUAGUACGUCUUAUAGUACGUCUGCGUAUAGUAAGUCGAUUAGCUGUUUCCAAAUGUAGCCAGAGAAUGUGUGAGUGUAAUUAACGUUCGUAUCGAAGCCAAACUGUCGAACAGCUGGCCAAUACCAAAUAUAUGUAUAUUGCUCCUAAUUAUCGAUCUCCGUUCCGAGAGCAGAGUUGAAUGAAAGAGCGGGAGAGAGCGAGAGGAGAGACUGUGAAUAGGAGUGAAAGAGAGGGAGAGAAAGGUAGAAAAGAAAAUAUCGCGUACGAUGAAAUAUAAUAAUUUGUCGAGAUCGAGCGGUUCGAACUGGCAUAGAGAUUGAAACAAAAAAUGAUAUUGAAAAAAAAAAAAAAAAAUCGAAGCGAGGAAGAAACGAAAAUGGACGGCCUGAAAGAAGAAGAAGAAGAAGAAGAAGAAGAAAAAGGCGCGCUAUAUAAACUAUUUUAUUUAUUGUCCAAUUAAAAAAAGAAUAGCCUAAUGAGUAAUCAUUAAUGUUGUUCGUUAUUAUAUAUAUAUACAUAAAAUAUAUGCAAAACGCAAUGUAUACAAAGAUGUGAAAAGAAAGAUAUGCGAUUCCCAUCGAGACGAGAACAUAACGUAUAUAUAUAUAUAUAUAUAUAUAUUAUAAAAAAUACAUAAAGAAAAGAAUCUCUCUCUCGUACGAAAAAGCAGGUCUACUGUAAUGGAAAAAGAGUUCAACGUAUAUAGAUAGUGAAAUGAAAAGAAUCAAGACGGAUGUGUCGCGUUGAAUUAGAAUUAAAAAUUUAUCCCCCGUUUGAAAAGAUAAAAUUUCCUCUGUCACGGAAAAAAAAAAAUUAAAAGGAACGGAAGAAAAGAAAGCAGAAAGAGAAAAAGAGAGAGAGAGAGAGAGAGAGAGAGAGAGAGAGAGAGAGAGAGAGAGAGAGAGGAAAAAGGAAAUAAUUUCGUGUUUAUCUCGAACGUCGCGGGGAAAGAGACGAAAUCAAUCGAUUCCAAUUAUUUCGAGGCAAUCAUUCGCAUGAAAAAAACGAUUUUGUUGAUCUGUCAAAAAUUUAGAUGAAUGUUAAAUAAAUGUUGUUUCCUCGUUGAAAAAAAAAA